ACGUCAAAAUUUGUUUUGAUCUCUUUUGCGCGGUGCGUCGUCGACACGGAUUUCUCUCCCGAAUUUUUCGCAAAUUUCUCCAAGAACUCGCCCGCUUCGGUGCCGCAACCAUGGACGUGCUCAAACCGAAACCGGUUCCACCUUACUCUGCGGACGAAACGGUGCUGUGGUUCGAAUUCCUGCUGAAGCCCGCCCUGCUGACGAAACAUCUCUCGAAGGCCGCACCCGAUCCGUCUCCGACGGAGUUGAUCACGCAGUUUCUGUCGAUUGCGCCGGAGAACCAGAACCAGAACGAGUUGAACUCGCCGGAAGCGGACAGCAUGAACAAGAACGAGGGCUUAAAGUACAGCAAGAAGCAGCUGGCGUUGAAGAUUUUGGCGCUGAAGGUGGCGGCCUAUUUGCGGUGGGAUUUGGGGGUUUUGGAGAAGAAUUUGCCGCUGCAGCGGCAGGUCCAGCUGUUGAGCGAUUUGUGCAGCGUGACGGCGGGGAAGGCGGUCAACUUGCCGCUGUCGUUGGUGCACGAGUGUCCGAUAAUUGGGCCGGAUGGGUCGCAACAUUCGUUGAACUUUGCGCUGACGCUGUACCAUCGGUGGGUUUUGAGGGCGCAGGUGAUUCGGGGGUCGGUGGCCAGGUCGAACAAGCCGUUUGUGCAUGUGGCGGGGGUUGCGGAUACGACGCCUUACUCGAUGAGGGACGAUUCGUUUAUCAACUCGCUGGAACCGUUUACGAAUAUUAGUAUUGACUUUUUGAACCAGGUGAUUAACGAUGUCGAGCCGUUUCGGAUUCUGACGUUCGACUCGUUUGUGGCGUUGGACGCCCACACGGACGGGGUUCAGCAGCGGUUCGAUUUGGCCAUUCCGAUUUCGAAGGCGGAAAUAAAGGCGCAGAUUUACUACGAUCUGUGUUUGUACUAUUUGUACGUGCAAAAGUACGAGCUUGCCAAGCAGAACAUCGUGCUGAGCAAGCAAAACUUUGACCAGAUUAGACAGGAGUACAGCGUGAAGCCGAGCAAGGUCUUCUUGUAUUGUAGCGUCGACGAGGAACAACUCCUCGGGUACAUGAUGGCCUGCGGGGUCACCGGAGAACCGGAAGGCUUGCUUCAACGGUUGAAUGAAUCUGUCAUUAAUCACUACUCGGACAUUGUGUCGAUUCUCAAAGAGGACAACAUAAAACGGGAGAUUCCAAUGACUCAGCGCAAAAUCCUCGAACUGAACGUCGAAGGUUUCGUCUCGAUGGGAAGUCCCGAAGCGGGCACAAACGACCAGAAAGAGCUGGAACUCGCCGUUGUGGCGCUGAACGUAAUUCGCCACGUCCUGGACGGCGACAACAUUCUCGGCUCGAACGUGGCCCUUCAAAAGUACAAACAGCAGCAGCUAAAAUUGAUCGAGCUGAUGCUCCAGUACGGCGACGAACAGUUUGACGAGUUGAGCCUGUCGGACCGGGAAGUGUUGAAAAGGUACUUUUUGCAAACGAUCAACUUGAUGAACAACCCCAGCGGGAUUGAGCCGAUCUUGAAGAGCUACCAGAAGCUGGUUUCGCCGCAGGAGUUUGACGACCUGAAGCGGCAAAAGGCCAAGGAGGACGUUCAAUUUUCCGGCAUUGGCGUGCAGUCCGAUUGGAGCGUUUGCGAUUCAAAGUUGAUGCGCCUCGAAGUCGGCACCUUCGAGCGCCAACUAAUCACGUGCACGCACGCCAGCGGCGUCCGCAAGAUGCUCGUUAAACUGGCCGGAACGAACCCCACGAAACCGCUGUGGAGCAUCAACCCGAGCUGGUCGAUUCCGAUGCCGAUGAAGCAGCUGCUGAUGUCGCUGCAGCGUGGCUUUCUGCAGGAUUUUGCAUACAUUCUGGUUGGCAAAUCGCGCGAACUCGCAGCGAAAAAAGACUACUCGGCGGCGAUUGCGCUCUUAACCUGCUUGAAGAGCGAAACCACGCGGCAAGACUUGGCCAACAAUCCGCUCGUGCUAAAGUUGGGCAAAAUGGCCGCUUGGGAGGCGCUGCUCAUCCAGAUCCAGCAAGUCCUGGACGAAUGGCCCAAGAAGCCAACCGACCAGGUCCAGUUCCUGCGCAACUGCAAGCAAUGUCUCAACGCGAGCACCAGCAACGACGUGGCCCCGCGCCCAAAGAUCCUCGAGCACUGCGCCGUAAUUCUGCUGAACCUGAACGACUGGAACAGCCUGCUCAACCCGGACAAGCGCUACCCCACGCUGGAACUGUGCGCCGCCAUCGCCCAGGCCUAUCUGGACAUUGAAAAGUUCAAGGGAACGAAGAAGACGAGCCGCGAAGCGUGGGACCUGAUCCUGCCGAUGUUUGUGAGCCAGCAGUCGUCGCGGCAGCGCCACACGGCGGACACCUCGGGCAUGCUGCAGCUGUUUCUGUCCAAGUUGCGCGAUCCGCUGGUGAUCUCGAUCGUGCUGUCGCUGCUGGCCAAGCUGCACAACAUCCUGAAGGACGAGACGAACCUGGAUCUGAACGCGGAGUACAUGUUCCUGUGGCCGACGAAUGUGAACAAUCCCGCCGUCUACAACAUCAAGGUGGUGUACGAAAUGCUGAACCACCUGCUGGCGCAAUCGCUGCGCUUCUACCCCAACAACAUUCCGUGGAUCAAGCUGAAGGGCGACAUGGAGUUUGCGAACCUGAACCACGAGGCGGCGAUGCGAAACUACGUGGGCGCGUUGAUCGCCGGCUCGGAGUACCUGCAGCGCCCACUGCUGGACGACUUCAUCAUCCGGCGAAUGAUCAAGUGCAGCUCGAAUCUGGGCUGCUUCAUGCAGGCGGCCGUGUUGUGUCAGUUUCUGGACGAGACCGACUACGGGCUGGCGUUCAAGAGCGUUAGCGAAAAGACGGCGAGCUUCUCGGACGCGAUGGACUCGUACUACGGGUGCAUUUGGGAUCCGACGCUGCUGGAGUUUAUCGUAAAUUGGCACUUUAAGAAGGGCGAGCACAAGCGGCGGCUGCAGGCGAUUUCGUACUUGAACCAGCUGGAACUGAAUGCGAACAACAACGAGGAGAUUAAGCGAGAGGCGGCGGCGGUUCGGAAGACGCGAUUUCUGCGAUCGCUGGCAAAGCAGUACAUGUUGUGAGUUUAGAAGACGAAGACAUUUCGAGACAAUGGUCAGUUUAUUUGAGAAAACAAAAGUGAGUUUGGAAAUAUACAAUAUUACGAGCGAUA